CUCCUCUCCGGCGCCAAGCCAACUCCACCCCACCAUAUGCACAUCACACCCCCAUCACCGUUCAUCACUCGUCCAAAUUUCUCGAAGGCUCGCGCUUUCCACCGUCAGAUCGAUCUCAUCCCGAACACCCCAGCUGUCCCGACUAACACGGCAACAAAACCAGAAACUCACGUGCAUUUUGAAUAUUCAAAGGUCGGCCAUCUCGUACAAUAACUCGCCGACCAUCUCGCGCCCACGAGCUUCGGGUGCCGACGCAACAACCUCCGGGCGGGACCCGCCGGAUCACAUUGUCGGCGGUCGUUCCCGUCGUCGCCGAUCUGCGGGGCCGAACCGACGUUACAGCCACACACGUGGCACGACGAGAGCGAUGUGAUCACGCCUGUUAGCUGUAAAGCCACCGCCAUGUGUCUUCCCGAAAAUUACUUCAUCUCGUCGAAAGAGCCAUUACCGGAUACCGGAUAUACCGGUUCCUCGGCCGGUUAUCUAGCCCUAUUAAAGGAGACGCGCCAGAACAUAGAUGUAAUAUAGUUCUGGGCUGAAGUGGUAAAAGAGCUCAGAGCUGAAGUUCCAGAACGAGGAGCUAGGGAGAAAAUGGCUAUCUACAGAAUUGCAAUGGGGACGCCCGUCGAGGCGAGUCGGCCGGACGCGCUCAGGGCGGCGCUUGCGGAGUUCAUCUCCAUGCUUAUUUUUGUUUUCGCCGGAGAGGGCUCCGGCAUGGCUUUCAACAAGCUGACGGACAACGGGUCGAGUACGCCGGCGGGGCUGGUGGCUGCGGCGCUGGCGCACGGAUUUGGGCUGUUCGUGGCGGUUGCGGUGGGGGCGAACAUAUCGGGUGGUCACGUGAAUCCAGCGGUGACGUUUGGCGCAUUCCUAGGAGGGAACAUAACGUUGAUGAGGGGCAUUUUGUAUUGGAUUGCUCAGUGUCUUGGCUCUGUCGUCGCUUGCUUGCUUCUCAAGUUUGCCACUGGCGGAUUGGAGACAUCGGGAUUCUCACUCUCCUCUGGGGUGUCUGUGUGGAACGCGCUGGUGUUCGAGAUCGUCAUGACGUUUGGGCUAGUGUACACGGUGUACGCCACAGCAGUGGAUCCCAAGAAGGGCAACCUGGGCACCAUCGCCCCCAUCGCAAUCGGGUUCAUCGUGGGCGCCAACAUCUUAGCGGGCGGGGCCUUCGAUGGAGCCUCCAUGAACCCGGCUGUGUCGUUCGGGCCCGCCGUGGUGAGCUGGUCAUGGGCCAAUCACUGGGUCUACUGGCUCGGCCCACUCAUUGGCGCUGCCAUUGCAGCCAUCGUCUAUGACAACAUCUUCAUUGGCCAAAGCCCGCAUGAGCAGCUCCCCACCACAGACUAUUAGAAUUUUCUCCUUACUGAUUUGCGACAGUGUGCUGUGCUAUCAAUGUCUGGAAAAAGGAGUAUAAUUUUUUAACGGGUCGGCGAAUUAUUAUUAUUAUUAUUUUUUCUUGCUCGGGUUAUAUGCCUUAAAGGGCUGGUUUGGUUCAUUUCUACUUUAUUUUUUCUAGCAGUGUUUUCUUUAGCUUUUAUUUCUCAGUACUUAAUGAUUGGUGAUGUCUGUUUGGCAAGGAUUUAAUCUAUAAGCAUAUCUUCUUUUUGGAUAA